AUGACGGACCACAAGAAGAGAAAGCAGAGGAGAAGGAGACCCGAUGAGCCGACGAUCAGCCUGGGAGCUUCCUCUCUCGUCAGGCUUUGGGAGCAACUGCAGCCACCCCUCGAGCGGUAUUACUUCCGGCCCGAGAGGCUGGCUAAUAGAGGGGCCAGAGUGGUGCGGGACGCUAUCCCGCGGGUGCCCUGCACCCUUAAAGGGGCCACGCCCGUCUCUCCUGUGCGGGACCUGGAGGGAGAACAUGCUGCUUCGACAACAUCUUUCCUCAGUGGAAGAAUCGGCCAGAAGAUCUUCUGUACCCGUUUCUGCCUGCUGAGGUCAUGCAAGAAAACAGAAGACUGCAAGAGUGGAAAAGGGAGCAUUACUCAACCGCAUCCAGUCCUCCAAGCAACAGGGGGCGCAACAGUGCUGCACAAACUGGACGAACUGCAAAGGUUCAUAUCGGGCACCGCACACGCCACCAGCUGCUGCUCGGAUCCAUCGCUGUGUGGGCGAGCUGCUCUCUGCAGCCUGCAGUGUGUCCAUCAUCAGCUGCCAAUGGCUGUCAUCAGCCCCCUGCACAGAUGCCGUGCUUUGGUGGCACUGCCUCCUCUCUGGGCCCUGCAGGCUGUUGCCUGUGGGGAGAAAUAUCCAGCCCAAACUGAAAUUCAGAGUGAGCCUCCCAGUCAGAGCGCAGGACUUCAUGGACAGAGGAGGUGAGAUUGCCUCUCCAAAUAUCAGCUGUCAUAAUAUCAGAAUAUUUAGGAGCUUAUAUGUAUGUUUAACAUGACGUGUAUGUUUAUGCACAUAAGUGUUUAACACCACAUGUGUGUUUAUGUACAUGUAUGUUUCACGCGACAUAUGCUGUGUGUGCCCAGCUCAUGGACUGAGAGCAGGGGCCACGUUCAGCAUUUCCCGGCUCUGAGGGACAGCAGGGCCCUUUGGGGUCAGCCUGUGGAGCCCCAGUCCUGAAGUUCUCCCAUCAAGGUGCUCCUGAGUGCCCCCCUCCAUCUCGGCACUGAGCAAAGGAGCCACAACUCACUGAAAAGCGCAGUGAUGUUUCAGUGAU